UUUCCUUUCUGAGCUGCAACUGUCGUGUAUACGAUUAAAAGCAAUAAAAAUGAUUUCUAGAUCUAAGAGUGUUACCCAGAUAACCGUCUAGACAAUUCUUGUCGAGGAUUCUUGCUUCACGAGUCUUCUAAAAAAAAUGAUUAUGAAGUUGUGGGUAAUUGCUGUAGUCAUUCUUGUUGUUGCGUAUACCGCACAGUUUGCUUUGUGGACGCUGGUCAAGAUGGGUGUAUUCAAAACUAUCUACAAUCAGUCACCAGGACCAUGUCGGAUAAUACAAGUGAAUGGCUCAGAAGACAUUGUACUUUUGUCCAGUGGUGAAGCUCUAAUUUCCAGCGGUUUUCGUGAUGUUAAGCCAUCGGAUGUUGUCAGUAAUGUUCCAUUACGGGAUGGUAACAUCUACCUAUUUAAUUUCAAUGAUCCAGAGGCAAAUAUAAGAAAACUAAACAUUUUGACCUCAAACAGCUUUAAUCGCAGUUCAUUUAAUCCUCAUGGCAUCAGCUCCUGGCAAAAUGAGUAUCGUACCCUGUUGUACGUGGUUAACCAUCUCAGUGAUGGUGAAGCAAUUGAGAUCUUUGAAUAUCUUCCAAAAGAUGGAGCUUUGAAGCAUAUUCAACAAGUUCAACACCAUCUUAUCAAUUCCCCCAAUGAUGUAGAAGCAAUCGGUUCAGACAUGUUCUAUGUCACUAAUGAUCACUACUUUAAUUCACCACUAAUGCGAAAGAUGGAGACAUACUUGCAAUUUGCAAUAUCAACUGUUGCAUUUCAUGAUGAAUCGAAGAAUGAAACCCGUUUGGUUGCCUGGUCACUGCCUUACCCAAAUGGAAUUCAUCUGUCACUAGAUCAGAGAUAUUUGUAUGUAGUAGCAAGCAAUGGCCCUGAUAUGGUGAUUUAUGAAAGAAACAGUGAUCAUACACUUGAUCACAUCCAAACUAUUCGACUUCCUGACACGUGUGACAACAUGUUUGUCGAACCAAUCACUGGAUACAUUUGGCUUGGCUGCCAUCCUCGUCUGAUAGAUACUGCAGAGUACAGUGAAAGGAACUGUAGUCACAAGGCUGGUUCACAAGUAUUGAGACUCAGACUUGGUACAAAGACAACUGGCGAUGAUGGUCGACCUGUUCUGGACUAUGACAUCGACCAAGUGUUCAUCAACGAUGGCAGUUUGUUGAAAGGAUCAUCUGUAGCUGUUUACUACCAUGGAAAGAUGCUUGUUGGUAGCCCUUUAGACAAACUGCUCUACUGUGAGGUCAAGUCAUUUGAUGGGUUUGAAUAAUGGAAGAAGAAGUAUGUUAAAUUUACACUAAGUUGGCAAUUAGUUUACAGACUGCACGUUCAUCUGUUCCUGUCCACAGUUGACUGUGUGUUUGACGGACUAUUGGAACACGUCAGAUUGGUUGGGUUAACUCCUGGUGAUAUAGUUUUCAAGAUGAUGUUUUACUGCACCAAGAACUGUUUCAAAGCAACACCAGCUUCGUAAAACUGGCAUACAUGGUGCUAAUGUGGUAAUGAAUUCUCGAUCACAUUUAUAGUUAAACUCUGUUAGUUGAGAGAAUGUCAGUCAUACUCUUGAAUGCACAUCGUUAGAUUAAUUAAUUGAUAAUUUUAGCUCA